UCUCUCUCUUUCUCUCUCUCUCUAUUCCAGGGCCGUUUUCUCAUAUAUGUUGGGUACCAUAGAGUGAAUCUCAGAGCAGGAAGCGGAGGCAUAAGCAGAGAGGAUUCUGGAAAGGUCUCUUUGUUUUCAUGUCCAUAGAGAAAGCAAGAAAAGAAUUCUAAUGAAUUUGCAAACCUCUGGGGGUAAAAUCUGAACAGCUGCAGGGGGUGGCUCGUCUAUUCCCACCGUCUUGGAUGCUGGCUUUGUUACGCGGUGAUUCCUAAGGCUCUGGAUCGGAAGGACUCCUACUACAGGAUACAAAGGACACUGUUUCUUUGGAAAGGGCUCUCGGAAACAAAUGUUAACUGGCUCAAGUGCAUUAUACAGAACGCACCAUGCUUCUCUACAGGUGCCUGGAUAUCAUGGAGCAAGAGCGCUGAAGCCAGGCCACAUCAGAGUUAGUCAGCAAUGAAAUGUCUGUCAAGGACUCACAGAGUGGCUUACUGGAAAAAAAACACAGAAUCCCUUCUAGGGAUAUUGUAAGAACAAAUGUGAUAAUUCCCAGAAGGGGCCUGGAGCUUUUCCUAAAAGGUGCUGUGACUCCCCAAGGAAAUUUUCAUGCAAGGAGCUAAACGUGAUUAAAUGUGCAGGAUGAGAAGAUGGCCCAGGCACUGCUGGUACCCCCGGGACCUGACAGCUUCCGCCUUUUCACUAGAGAAUCUCUGGCUGCCAUUGAAAAGAGAGCUGCAGAAGAGAAAGCCAAGAAGCCCAAAAAAGAACAAGACAAUGAUGAUGAGAACAAGCCAAAGCCAAACAGUGACUUGGAAGCUGGGAAGAACCUUCCAUUUAUCUACGGAGACAUUCCUUCAGGGAUGGUGUCUGAGCCCCUGGAGGACUUGGAUCCUUACUACAUCAAUAAGAAAACUUUUGUAGUACUGAAUAAAGGGAAGGCAAUUUUCCGGUUCAGCGCCACCUCUGCCUUGUAUAUUUUAACACCACUAAACCCUGUUAGAAAACUUGCUAUUAAGAUUUUGGUACACUCUUUAUUCAGCAUGCUGAUCAUGUGCACCAUUUUGACCAACUGUGUGUUUAUGACCUUAAGCAAUCCUCCAGAUUGGACGAAGAAUGUGGAGUACACAUUUACUGGAAUUUAUACUUUUGAGUCACUUAUAAAAAUCUUGGCAAGAGGGUUUUGCUUAGAAAAUUUUACAUUCCUUCGUGAUCCAUGGAACUGGCUGGAUUUCAGUGUCAUUGUGAUGGCGUAUGUAACAGAAUUUGUAAGCCUAGGCAAUGUUUCAGCCCUUCGAACUUUCAGAGUCUUGCGAGCUCUAAAAACUAUUUCUGUAAUUCCAGGCCUGAAGACCAUCGUGGGGGCCCUGAUCCAGUCGGUGAAGAAGCUCUCUGACGUCAUGAUCCUGACCGUGUUCUGUCUGAGCGUGUUUGCUCUCAUUGGGCUGCAGCUCUUCAUGGGCAACCUGAGGAAUAAAUGCUUGCAGUGGCCUCCAAGUGAUUCUGCCUUUGAAACCAACACCACUUCCUAUUUUAAUGGCACAAUGGAUUCAAAUGGGACACUCAUUAAUGUAACAAUGAGCACAUUUAACUGGAAGGAUUACAUUGCGGAUGACAGUCACUUUUAUGUUUUGGAUGGACAAAAAGACCCUUUGCUCUGUGGAAAUGGUUCAGAUGCAGGCCAGUGUCCAGAAGGCUAUAUCUGUGUAAAGGCUGGUCGAAACCCAAACUAUGGCUACACAAGCUUUGACACCUUUAGCUGGGCUUUCUUGUCACUGUUUCGACUCAUGACUCAAGACUACUGGGAGAAUCUUUAUCAGCUGACAUUACGUGCUGCUGGGAAGACUUACAUGAUAUUUUUUGUCCUGGUCAUCUUCUUGGGUUCUUUUUAUUUGGUGAACUUGAUCUUGGCUGUGGUGGCCAUGGCCUAUGAAGAGCAGAAUCAGGCCACCUUGGAGGAGGCUGAACAGAAGGAGGCAGAAUUUCAGCAGAUGCUCGAGCAGCUUAAAAAACAACAGGAAGAGGCUCAGGCAGUGGCUGCGGCCUCGGCUGCGUCCAGAGACUUCAGUGGAAUAGGCGGGCUGGGGGAGCUCUUGGAGAGUUCUUCAGAAGCCUCGAAGUUGAGCUCCAAGAGCGCCAAGGAGUGGAGGAACCGCAGGAAGAAAAGGAGACAGAGAGAGCAUCUUGAAGGCAGCCACAGAGAGGGAGACAGGUUCCCCAAGUCGGAGUCGGAAGACAGUGUCAAACGCAGGAGCUUCCUGUUCUCACUGGACUCCAACCGGCUGACCGGCGACAAGAAGCUCUGCUCUCCUCAUCAGUCUCUGUUGAGUAUUCGUGGCUCCCUGUUUUCCCCAAGACGCAAUAGCAAAACGAGCAUUUUCAGCUUCAGAGGUCGGACAAAAGACGUGGGAUCUGAAAAUGACUUUGCUGAUGAUGAGCACAGCACAUUUGAAGACAGCGAGAGCAGGAGAGACUCUCUGUUUGUGCCGCACAGACCUGGAGAGCGACGCAACAGUAACGUUAGUCAGGCCAGUAUGUCAUCCAGGAUGGUGCCAGGGCUUCCAGCCAAUGGGAAGAUGCACAGCACUGUGGAUUGCAAUGGUGUGGUUUCCUUGGUGGGUGGACCAUCAGCUCUUACGUCACCUACUGGACAACUUCAGCCAGAGGGCACCACCACUGAAGCAGAAGUCAGGAAGAGAAGACUCAGUUCUUACCAGAUCUCCAUGGAAAUGCUAGAGGACUCCUCGGGAAGGCAAAGAGCCAUGAGCAUUGCCAGCAUCCUGACCAACACAAUGGAGGAACUUGAAGAAUCUAGACAGAAGUGUCCUCCUUGCUGGUACAGAUUUGCCAAUGUGUUCCUGAUCUGGGACUGCUGUGAUGCCUGGUUGAAAGUAAAGCAUGUUGUGAAUUUAAUUGUUAUGGAUCCAUUUGUUGACCUGGCCAUCACGAUCUGCAUUGUCCUCAAUACCUUGUUCAUGGCCAUGGAACACUACCCCAUGACUGAUCAGUUCAGUAGUGUGCUGACUGUGGGAAACUUGGUCUUUACUGGGAUUUUCACAGCAGAGAUGGUUCUUAAAAUCAUUGCCAUGGAUCCCUAUUAUUAUUUCCAAGAAGGCUGGAACAUUUUUGAUGGGAUUAUUGUCAGCCUGAGUUUAAUGGAGCUUGGCCUAGCAAACGUGGAGGGAUUGUCUGUGCUGCGGUCAUUCAGACUGCUCCGAGUCUUCAAAUUAGCAAAGUCCUGGCCCACACUAAACAUGCUGAUUAAGAUCAUCGGCAACUCCGUGGGCGCCCUGGGCAACCUCACCCUGGUGCUGGCCAUCAUCGUCUUCAUCUUUGCCGUGGUCGGCAUGCAGCUGUUCGGCAAGAGCUACAAAGAAUGCGUCUGCAAGAUCAACGAGGACUGCACGCUGCCGCGCUGGCACAUGAACGACUUCUUCCACUCCUUCCUGAUCGUGUUCCGCGUGCUGUGUGGGGAGUGGAUCGAGACCAUGUGGGACUGCAUGGAGGUCGCUGGCCAGGCCAUGUGCCUUAUUGUUUUCAUGUUGGUCAUGGUGAUUGGAAACCUCGUGGUGUUGAACCUCUUUCUAGCCUUACUGCUGAGUUCAUUUAGCUCAGACAACCUUGCUGCUACUGAUGAUGACAAUGAAAUGAACAACCUCCAGAUUGCAGUAGGAAGGAUGCAAAAGGGAAUUGACUAUGUGAAAAACAAGAUACGAGACUGUUUCCGAAAAGCCUGUUUUAGAAAGCCAAAGGUGAUAGAAAUCCAUGAAGGAGGCCACAAAAUAGACAGCUGUGUGUCCAAUAACACUGGAAUUGAGAUAAGCAAGGAGCUUAACUGUCUCAAAGAUGGGAAUGGAACCACCAGUGGUGUAGGCACUGGAAGCAGUGCUGAAAAAUAUGUACUUGAUGAAAAUGAGUACAUGUCAUUCAUCAACAACCCUAGCCUCACUGUCACAGUGCCAAUUGCUGUUGGGGAGUCUGACUUUGAAAAUUUAAACACUGAAGAGUUUAGCAGUGAGUCAGAGCUAGAAGAAAGCAAGGAGAAGUUAAAUGCAACCAGCUCGUCAGAGGGAAGCACAGUUGAUGUGGCUCCACCCCGGGACGGGGAACAAGCUGAGGUUGAACCUGAGGAAGACCUGAAGCCAGAAGCCUGUUUUACUGAAGGAUGUAUCAAAAAAUUUCCAUUUUGCCAAGUUAGUACAGAAGAAGGCAAAGGGAAAAUCUGGUGGAAUCUUCGGAAAACCUGCUACAGCAUUGUUGAGCACAACUGGUUUGAAACCUUCAUUGUCUUCAUGAUUCUCCUCAGCAGCGGUGCUUUGGCUUUUGAAGAUAUAUACAUUGAACAGAGGAAGACUAUCAAAACCAUGCUAGAAUAUGCAGACAAAGUGUUCACGUAUAUAUUCAUUCUGGAAAUGCUUCUCAAAUGGGUAGCUUAUGGAUUUCAGACCUAUUUCACUAAUGCCUGGUGCUGGCUAGACUUCUUGAUUGUUGAUGUUUCUUUGGUUAGUUUGGUAGCCACUGCUCUUGGCUACUCAGAACUUGGUGCCAUCAAAUCUCUACGGACCUUAAGAGCUUUACGACCUCUACGAGCCUUAUCCCGGUUUGAAGGCAUGAGGGUAGUUGUGAAUGCCCUCGUCGGGGCCAUUCCCUCCAUCAUGAAUGUGCUGCUCGUUUGCCUCAUCUUCUGGUUGAUCUUUAGCAUCAUGGGUGUGAAUCUCUUUGCUGGAAAGUUCUAUCACUGUGUUAAUAUGACCACGGGGAACAUGUUUGAAAUGAGCCAAGUCAACAACUUUAGUGACUGUCAGGCUCUUGGCAAGCAAGCACGGUGGAAAAAUGUGAAAGUCAAUUUUGAUAAUGUGGGUGCUGGCUAUCUUGCAUUACUUCAAGUGGCCACAUUUAAAGGCUGGAUGGAUAUUAUGUAUGCAGCUGUUGACUCACGAGAUGUCACACUCCAGCCUGUGUAUGAAGAAAAUCUGUACAUGUAUUUAUACUUUGUCAUCUUCAUCAUCUUCGGCUCCUUCUUCACUCUGAACCUCUUCAUCGGCGUCAUCAUAGACAACUUCAACCAGCAGAAAAAGAAGUUUGGAGGUCAAGAUAUCUUUAUGACAGAGGAGCAGAAAAAAUACUACAAUGCAAUGAAGAAACUUGGAUCCAAGAAGCCUCAGAAACCCAUUCCUCGACCAUCAAACAAAUUCCAAGGGAUGGUCUUUGAUUUUGUAACCAGACAAAUCUUCGAUAUCAGCAUCAUGAUCCUUAUAUGCCUCAACAUGGUCACCAUGAUGGUAGAAACGGACGACCAAAGCAAAUACAUGACCCUGGUUUUGUCACGGAUCAACCUCGUGUUCAUCGUCCUGUUCACAGGAGAGUGUGUACUGAAGCUCAUCUCUCUCCGAUACUACUACUUCACUAUAGGCUGGAACAUCUUUGACUUCGUGGUAGUCAUUCUGUCCAUUGUAGGAAUGUUUCUUGCCGAGCUGAUAGAAAAGUAUUUUGUGUCCCCUACCCUGUUCCGAGUGAUUCGUCUUGCCAGGAUUGGCCGAAUCCUCCGUCUGAUCAAAGGAGCCAAGGGGAUCCGCACGCUGCUCUUCGCCUUGAUGAUGUCCCUUCCUGCCUUGUUCAACAUCGGCCUCCUGCUCUUCCUCGUCAUGUUCAUCUACGCCAUCUUUGGCAUGUCCAACUUUGCCUAUGUUAAAAAGGAAGCUGGAAUUGAUGACAUGUUCAACUUCGAGACCUUCGGCAACAGCAUGAUCUGCCUGUUCCAGAUUACCACCUCAGCAGGCUGGGAUGGGUUGCUGGCACCUAUUCUCAACAGUGCCCCUCCUGACUGUGACCCUGACACAAUUCACCCAGGAAGCUCAGUGAAGGGAGACUGUGGGAACCCUUCUGUGGGGAUUUUCUUCUUCGUCAGCUACAUCAUCAUAUCCUUUCUGGUCGUGGUGAACAUGUACAUUGCUGUCAUCCUGGAGAACUUCAGUGUGGCCACUGAGGAAAGUGCAGAGCCCCUGAGCGAGGAUGACUUUGAGAUGUUCUACGAGGUCUGGGAGAAGUUCGAUCCCGAUGCCACCCAGUUCAUAGAGUUUUCCAAACUCUCAGACUUCGCAGCUGCCCUGGAUCCUCCUCUUCUCAUUGCAAAGCCAAACAAAGUCCAACUCAUCGCCAUGGACCUGCCCAUGGUCAGCGGAGACCGGAUCCACUGCCUGGACAUCUUGUUUGCUUUUACAAAGCGGGUUCUGGGUGAGAGUGGGGAAAUGGAUGCCCUGCGCAUCCAGAUGGAAGACCGUUUCAUGGCCUCGAACCCCUCCAAAGUCUCUUACGAGCCCAUCACAACCACUCUGAAGCGCAAACAGGAGGAGGUGUCUGCUGCUAUCAUUCAGCGUAAUUACAGGUGUUACCUUUUAAAACAAAGGUUAAAAAACAUAUCAAGUACAUAUAACAAAGAGACAAUCAAAGGGAGGAUUGAUUUGCCUAUAAAAGGAGACAUGAUUAUUGAUAAAUUAAAUGGGAAUUCCACCCCUGAAAAAACAGAUGGAAGUUCCUCUACCACUUCUCCUCCUUCCUAUGAUAGUGUAACCAAACCUGACAAGGAAAAGUUUGAGAAAGACAAACCAGAAAAAGAAAGCAAAGGAAAAGAGAUCAGAGAAAAUCAAAAGUGAAAAGGAGCAGACAAUUGUCUUUGUAACCACUUGUUUACAGCCUCUGAAGGUCAAGUGUAUGUGUCAACUGGACUCCCAGAGAGGUCCAUGCCAAACUGACUGUUUCAACAAAUACUCAUGGUCAGUGCCUAUACAAAACAGCGGCCUCGGUCACCCCCUCCGUGAGACAGGGUAUCCACAUUGACAAGAGCUUGCUGUUUCCAUUACCAGCUGACACUGCUGAGGAGAGCUCCAUGGCUUCCUACACCAUAGGGAUAGUUGUGCAAGGUGAUCACUGUACACCAUUAGAACAGCACUCCCACCCACUCUAUUUUUAACUUCCAUGUCUGCCAUAUUUUUACAGAAUUUCUUCUAGUGGAUUUCCCUGGUUCCCAAUCCAUAGUUCAUUCAUAAUACUGUGUCACUAUUUUUGUAAACAAGGUUUAUGUUGAGGAAAAAUAUAUUAAUAACCCUGUGUUCCUAUUCCACAAGUUUCUCUGGUAAUCAUAAAAAUAUUAUUUUGCUUGAGAGAAGAAAUUCUUGCUCAAAAUAAGAAGUCAAAUUCUAAUGUUAACAGUUUCAAGUACUUCCAUUUUCUGGAUGGCGUUAAUUUUAAAAGUGGUUUAGUCUGUUAUGUUUGUUUAUAUCUGAGUAGUUAAUGUGCCUGUAAAGUCUCCUUAAUAUUUAAAGGAUUAUUUUUAUGCAAAGUAUUGUUUCAGCAAGUGCAAAUUUUAUUCUAAGUUUCAGAGCUCUAUAUUUAAUUUUGGUUAAACGAUUUUCAAAAAAAAUAAAGAAAGAAAGAAGAAGUAAUCAAAUAAAUCUGUUCUAGAAAAAUAUAUCUCAAGUACCACUUUAGAAUAGUUGUUCCACUUCCUGCUACACUAUUGCUUUGCCAUCCUCUGCUCUCAGCAAAACUGACAGUCAUGUCAAGUAAAUACCCUCUGUUAUGUAAAUAGUUCUUUUAUCCUGUGGUGCAUGUUUGGGCAAAUAUACAUAUAUACGUAUAUAUAGCCUGAUAAACAACUUUUAUUAAAUCAAAUAUGUACCACAGUGUAUGUGUCAUUUGCAAGCUUCCAACAGGGAGGUAUCCUGUACUGUUCAUUACACAGACAUACUUUCAAGGCUAUCACUAAUGCAUGUUAAUAUUGCCUACACUGCUCUAUUUUAAUCAAUUCAUUUUUCACAAGUCUUGUGAGAAGGGUCACAUGUUGGUGGUAGAAUGAAUUCAACCUGUGUUCUGUCUUCACGUCAAGAAAAAAUUGAAAAGCUAUUUAAGAACACCAUUACUUUUUGCAUUUUUUAAUUCAACUUGAGAAUCACAUUGCGUCUUGAUUUCAAAGAAACACUGCAUAGAAAAGGCCUCCUGUCAAAACCUACAUUUCCUGCUUUGCUAAAAGUUGUCCAAAACCUGUUUGAAUAUAAAUAAUGUAAAAAUACAGUCAGUUUUAUUUGUCAGCAUUUGUACAUAAGAAAAUUAUUUUCAGGUUAAUGACAUGGCACUUUAUUUUACUUUAUGCUUUUGCUUUUUAUUUUUAAUCAAAUUCCAUGAGAUUUUUCAGAAGAUAAUUUCCUAAAAUAAAAGUUAGACAGUGGGUUUUGUGAAUUUCUUUGUUACAAUAUAUUUUCUACCAUUUUAACAAAAGAUAUGUUUGGUCAAAAUAGACCAUUUUCUACCAACUGUGGUUGCCUGCAGAUAAUCCUUCAUUCAUGGAAGUUGGUUCUUUUUUUUUUAACUCAACUUUUGUAGCAUUUGCAUAUGCAGACUAGCUUAUUUUUUUAAUUCCUGCUGCACUAAAGCUAUGACAGAUAUAACUUGGGAGUUGUCCUUUUUAGCCAGGAAUAAAGUGGCAAAGUUGUGCAAUUAUCAAACAUGAAAUAAUCUUUUUUGCACAAACCAAAAGUUUAAUGUCAAUUCCUUUUUCAAAACUAUUUACUGUAGUGUACUGAUGAACUGCAUGCAGGGAAUUGCUACUACUAAAGGAAUGGUGAGAUACUUCAUUAUUGAGCCAAAAGAAUAAAUAUUUCAUUUUUUACUGUA